CAUCCCUACAGCGAACAGCCGCCCACCCUCCGGGCCUUAUGUAUGCGCAACUAACACUACAGUCGACAUUCGCUAGCCCGCCAGCCUUCCCACCGACGAUAUAGCGACGCGCCCACUCCUCGCGACGCAAUGGCUACCGCAUCUCCCACGCCCAUGGGCGGCUCCUCGUACGGGCGCAUGCGUUCGCACUCGAUGCUCCGACCGCGACGCGACUCGCCGCUGUCGGUGCUGGGCCAGUCGCAGGGCUUCUCGGCCGACGCGCCCAUGAUGCAAAACAUCAACAUCGGCGACAGCUCUGAUGAUGAGAUCCCCCAGCCCAUGAAGCUCAGCGCCCUCACCACCGCCCUGCUCGCACAGAACGACAACGACGUCUACUCGCCUGAGAAACGCAAGCCCAAGCUCAAGAUAUCGCGCAGUGGCUCAGGCUCAAACACACCUGUGCAGGACACGGUUACGCCUGCGCCUAGCCUGCGCAUCAAGAGGGUGCCGCUGAGGGGCGCCCCUAUGCGCAGGUUCCGCAGGACGCCGCAGAGCGAUGAGGAGCAUCCGCCCAGCCAGGACCAGGAGAACAUGCCUGCGUCCGUCGUCAAGGUGGAUCCGCUGAAGGUCACGGGGUCCGUCAUGAAAGUGGCAGAGGACCGCCAUGUGCGCUCCCCGCCGCAGACCCAGUCGCCUAUCCAGAGGCAGCAGCAGCACCAGGAGAGGCCAAUGCCCCUGCAGGCAAUGGACGCGAACACACCGCGCAGACCAGCACCGCCGCCGCCGCCAAAAAUGUCUGUGCUUGAGACUGCCACUGCUGCUGCUGGCGCCGCCACGACAAAAACAAGAGAACGCAAGAAGAGGAGCACUCUGGCGGUGAACGGGAAACACUACUCGCAGAUGGACAGGAUAGGGAGAGGAGGCAGCUCCGCCGUGUACCGCGUCAUGGCUGAAAAUUUCAAACUACUCGCACUGAAGCGGGUGAAGCUCGAGGACGCAGAUGAAGCCGCCGUCCGAGGAUACAAGGGCGAGAUCGACCUCCUACAGAAGCUGAAAGAUGUAGACCGAGUAGUCCGUCUCUACGACUGGGAAGUAGACGAGCAACGGCAAGUCCUCAGCGUACUCAUGGAAAUCGGCGAAUCAGACCUCGCGCGCAUAAUCCGCAUGAAACUCGACCCAGCCGACAUCUCCGGAAAACUCGACCUCUCCUUCACGCGCUACUACUGGAAAGAAAUGCUCGAAUGCGUCGCCGCCGUCCACGCCCACGAGAUCGUGCACUCGGACCUCAAACCCGCAAACUUCCUCCUCGUCUCCGGCCGCCUCAAGCUCAUCGACUUCGGCAUCGCAAACGCUAUCGAGGUAGAUCAUACCGUGAACGUGCACCGCGACGCGCACAUCGGAACCCCGAAUUACAUGUCCCCCGAGUCUCUGGAGGAUUCGUCUGGUGCGGGCGCGCAGGGCUUGCUGUCGAAUGGUAACGGGGUGAAGGACAUGGCGCUGGGGAAACCGUCGGAUGUUUGGAGUCUGGGGUGUAUUCUGUAUCAGAUGGUUUAUGGGCGUCCGCCGUUUGCGCAUAUUCCGAAUCAAAUGGCGCGCGUACUGGCGAUUGUGAAUCGCGACUACGCUAUUUCGUUCCCCGACCUCGGCGUCGGCGAUGUGCGUGUACCCCCCGGCUUGAAAACUACGCUCCGUCACUGUUUGGAGCGCGAUGCUAGGCGCAGACCCACGGUUGCGCAGCUGUUGGAUGAGAGGGAUGCGUUUUUGUAUCCUGAUGGCGGGGAGGAUUUAAGGAUACCGCAGGAACUGUUGGGUCAGAUUAUUCAGCGCGUUGCGGAUCGGUUUCGCGAUGGGAGUAAACCUGUUCCCACCGAUGAGGAGAUUAGACAGUAUCCGGCGAGCUUUUAUGAGAAGAUUAGGCAGCUUUUGGAGAGCGAUUGAAUGGGGUUUUUUCUUUUGUAAGGUUUGGGUUGAGGGUUUUUUUGACGGGUUGAUGAGGGUACGAUGGUAAUGACUGGCGUCUUUUUUUUGCGAUGGUGUUUCGUGGGAAAAUUGCGGAGUUUUCUUUUUCUUUUUUUGGAUUGUUUGCAGAGUACCCCCUUUUUGCGCUUCAGCGAUUGCUUGGUUACUGUAGUAUGGCGCUUCUUCUUCUUUCUCUUUUCUCUUUUCGUUGGAUGGCGGUUUAUGCGGAUAUGACGGCGUUUUUUGUUGUUGGUAUAUAUCCAUCCCUUCCUAUCCCAUUCGAUUCGCCGUUCUGGCUGGAAUAAAAAUUCUCUUGCUGCUUGAGUUAUCGGGUUAUAUAUGUUGGGUGAUUUGUG